ACUGGCGUUCCAAUAUUGUUGAUGUCGAACUGUCAAAUGAAGUGGAGUCGCGACAACCGCUGGUUUUGCUAUACCGGAAGUUCCUCCCAUAUAUCACGCAAAGGCUCAUGGGGCGGAGGAAUAAGCGAGUAGUACUGAGCUAUAGCCUGUAGAUGGCAGCAACGUGGCGUAUCAAUCACAGUGUAUGGAAGGAAACGCAACGAAGAAGUCAUGGACAUCGAAGAAGAAACUGUUUCCCCCCCCGAUGGAUCAGAUGAUUGAAUCUAUUUAUCUGUUCAAUCUGUGGAGAGAUGGACCCAGUUGAAGGUGUUCAACAAGCGCAGAUUGAUUCUACUGCUGCCCAUGAUCCUGAUGUCACAUCUUGGGUGUCGGUCUGUCCGAGAGGCCUCUGGGCGGUCCAGAAGACGCUGACGCUCUCAGGAAGCCAUGAGAAAGUCUCGAAUUCUGGAGAAGGACCGUCGUCCGCUAACAAGCCAAGGUUGGGUUCACUGUGUCGUGUUCGUGUGUGUGUGACGGAUCAAGCUGAAGCAUCGCCAUCUGUAAAAGAAGAUGAGACCAAGCGAGGAGUUCCACUUGAUUUUCCAGAAGCGACUGUACCACAGCGUCAGCUGGACUCUGUCCUGCAGAUACCACUAGGUGAAUGGACAACAUUUCGACUUGGAGAGGGUCAUUGUGAUGUUACAGAAGUAUGUGUGGAGGCCAUGAGAGCUGGAGAGACAUGUCAGAUUCGACUCCUUCCGGCAAAUGGAGUUGACACGUGGCAUUCCCGGCCCACGGAGGAAGUACGUGCCACUGUGGAGCUCCAAGCUUUCACGCCAGGAAAGGAAUCCUGGCAGAUGUCACCUGGCGAAAAAUGGGAGUGGGUGAGGUCCCAUAAGGAACGAGGCGGUCAGAGGUUCCGAAGCGGAGACUUGUGGGGAGCGUCGGACAGCUACAGUCGCGCCCUGAAACUGGUCAUCACCCUGCUGGGCUGCGAGGCGGACAGACAAGAACAGCAAAUAGACGAACAAAGUACGGCAGCCUCUGAAGAUCCACCGUGCGCUCCCACGGUUCAUCAAGUGCAAAGCACGAAAGCAGAACUUCACUCCAACUUGUCGUUGUGUCAGCUCAAACUGAAGCAGCCAGCGCGAGCUAAAGAAAAUGCCGCUAAGGCCACACGGCUGGAACCAGGCGGGGCGAAAGCUUGGUACCGACUCGGCCAAGCCUGCCAGAUGGUGAACGAGCUGGAGGAGGCCCGGCUGGCUUUUCGAGAACUGCUGAAGCUGCAGCCGGAAUCCACGGCCACCAUUAAGGCUCUGAAAGAAAUCGCAAGUCGAGAAAGGGAAACAAAUGCACGGCUGGGACAGAGACUUAGUAAAAUGUUCAACUAGGAAGCAGGACUGCAACGUGUCAGCCAGACCUCCCGCUGACAUCUCCAUAGGGUUCAGAAUGCUGCUUCACUGGGACAAGAGCAUACAUCUUUUUUCGAAUGGCUACCCUCUCACUUAAUGUAUUUAUUGUCGUUAAUCUUAAAUGCCUUAUCAUUUGAUUGUGGGUUCAAUAAAAAGGAGUUGAGUUUUGUUGAGAAGCCAAAAUAA